AUGAAUGACUCCGUGAGAUGGACGACGAUGGAGCACAUCAGCACGUGGCUGGCCCUCAACGGAGGACAUACGUACGCUCUGGUCGACGGCAAAAGCAGCGACAGCUUUGUGAAGUCACACUACGGUAAUACCUCUGAUGUUUAUCACACGUACGAGCAACUGGGCAAUGCUGGUAUGGGGUCUAGUCUGCUUCGAUAUCUCCUCCUGGAAGCUGGAGGCGGAAUCUAUACCGAUCUAGACACUGUCGCCCUGAAGCCCAUUGAUACAUGGGUUCCAGGCCAUCUGCAGAGUCAUGUCCGCUUAGUUGUCGGCAUCAUAUACGAUCAGCAAGACCAUGCGCCACAAAAGGACAAAGCUUACCCGUUGCAGUUUGCCCAUUCGACAAUUGCUGCUGCACCUGGGCAUCCGGUUAUCCACAGCAUGAUUUCCCAGGUGGUCACGUCCAUGAGGCGUCCUAUGGUCCAAAACGGAGUCGACGAGGCAAAAGACAGGCCUAGCAGCUCCGAUAUUUCGUACAUCACCGGUUCUGCAGUGUGGACAAAAGUUAUAUUUGACUACUUGCAAUCUAUGAACUCAGAUUUGACGGACAUCAUGAGUUUUUCAUACUUGGAAAGACCGACAUUGUGCGGGGAUGUGCUCAUAUUGCCCAUCGACGGCUUUGGCAUGGGUCAGAACCAUUCGGGGAGCGCCAAUAAUGGGCAGAUUCCAGACAAUGCACUUGCAAGCCGCUUGAUACGCGGCUGA